UGCGGAUAGGACCGAUGGUGAUUCCGCCCAACGUUGCCAGCGAUAACCGGAAACGAUGAGCACUGGUUGGUUGUUUCGGGAGGAGUGUAGUCAAAGCGGAAGCGGCCAAAACAACUACUCACCGUAAUAUUGCUGCUAUCGAUCAAGUCAUGGAAACUUAAACGAAUUUGUGGAUUAUGAAAUUCAAGUUCUUAUUUGGAAUGGAAUGAGAAAACGGAAGGACAUUAUUUAAGUAUUUUCGUCAAAAUAGGGAAAGCCGAAAGUGUGAUUGUGUUUUAUUGGGAUCUGGAUGUAGCGGUGUGAGGGCACCAGCCUUCUAUGAUCCAUCAUGAACUAUAUCGGAAAAUUCGUCUCCAACAUCCGCGAAUUCUACAACGACCUCAAUCCCGCUACGUUAUCGGGGGCAAUCGAUGUGGUUAUUGUCGAACAAGAAGACGGAAGCUAUGCUUCUUCUCCAUUUCAUGUGCGUUUUGGGAAGCGCGGAGUAUUUAAUCGCAGGGAGAAGAUUGUGGACAUUACCAUUAAUGGCGAACCGGUGGAACUGCAUAUGAAGCUGGGGGAAACUGGAGAAGCGUUUUUUGUGCAGCAGACUGAGCCCGAAGAGUUCAUUGAUAACAAGGUUCCAGCGCUUCUGGCCACUUCACCCCUGCCACCCAGCUAUCUGAAUGAAAACUCCUCGUAUUUCCAUUCAUUACCGAAGGCUUCCCUUUCACAAAGUGGACCGGCUGCAGCCGGCUCACAUGAAGAGCCGAAAUCUCAUUCCAGUUCAGCCGAUGGAACGUCCGAGCGGCUUCCGGUUAAGCAUGAUGGUUCAGUGUCUCCACCGUCGACGGGUCGACGGGAAAGUGCCGAUACCGAUAUCUCUCUGGAGAUCGUUGCGCCUGCGACUACCGCAACGCCUGGCCGCGUCAAGUCACGAUCGCGGCGCAAACGCCGGCCAAAGGUUAAAAAGACGAGUGAUGAGGAAAUCUUCAAGAUGGACUUGUCCGAUGACGACAGGGAAACAACGCCGGUGAAUGAGACGGAUAGGGAUACGACUCCUUUGGUACGGACUUCGAGUCUGCCGGAUAUAUCUGAAGCCGAAAAAUCUGAACAUACCGUGCCUGUGGAUCAGAAUAGUUUGCGGAAUCGCCGUUUAUCGAGUCAUAGUAUGGCUCAUAUACCGAAGCAUUUACACGUAACCUUUGCGCCGUCAUUUGGAAAUCGUGGUGGCAAUAACAGUGAAGUGUCCACUACAAAGAGCGAGGGUCAGUUGACACCGCCGAAUCCUACGAUCGAUAAGGAGCAUCUUUCCGGAUUCUUAAGUGAUUCCGAAGUUGACUUGAAAAAGACAGAAACCCGUAAAAUAACAGAAGACGACGGGGCAAAUGUGAACUGGAAAUGGGGACAACUCCCAGAGAAAAAGGCUGCAGAGACACCCGAUGCAUUGACGCCAGUCUCGCAGGGCAGCCUGGAAAGUAUACCGGAAGCCUCCCAACAAUCUGCUGGAAGUACUGCUGACCAAGAAAAACGUUCGUAUCUGCGCGGCAUGUUCAGUUUUAUGCGCCGUUCUAAGCAGACCGCUCCUCUUUCGACGUCAGCGCCUAAAGAUAUAUCGAAGACAAACACGGACAAAGAUGAAACGGAAGCGGGAAAAUAUCUUUCGGAUUUGGUAGAAUCGGAAUUGAGUCAGAGUCAGAAAGAGAAAUAUUUGGUGCUCCAACAGUUCAACUUUGAAAAUAGUUCUAGGUCCGCUGCCAUUGAGUCUGGAAUUCCGAAAAACGAUAGCUUUGCGAGACAGCAGAGUAGUCAGCCCUCUGCCAUUCAGCCAGCUUCUAAAGAAAACGUUGCCGAUAAAGGCUUAAAUGUUCCUGCCACCGUCGAAGUUGAAGGCAAAAAUAUAGAACUUGUUCCUUUGGCUGCUCAAGAGCGCGGAAAGGGCGUCGAUGCGAUUGUAAAUGCGUACGGCCAAGAAACAAAUGCUGCAUCGUCAGCGUAUUCUUCAAUGGCGGGAUCACCUCCAUACAGCGACAGCGAGAGUGAUAAAAAUAGUGAUAAAGGUGUCGGCUCUAACCAGGCGUACAAGAAAACGCUGCGUUUGACAUCUGAACAGAUUAUGACGCUACCGUUGCAGUAUGGAAUGAACGAAGCGGAAUUUUGCAUCGUUACGAAAUAUCAGGGAUCUGCGCGUUGCAAGUGUAACAUCUUUUUGUGGCGAUAUGACGAUAAGAUCGUGAUUUCGGAUAUUGAUGGAACCAUUACGAAAUCAGAUGUUCUUGGCCAUAUCUUGCCAAUUAUCGGCUCGACCUGGGCGCAAGCCGGUGUCGCCGGAUUAUACAACCGCAUUGCUAAUAACGGCUACAAAUUUCUGUACUUAUCUUCGCGAGCCAUCGGUCAGGCGAGUUUUACGCGCGAUCAUCUGAAAGCGAUUAUCCAGGAAAAUGUGAAUAUGCCAGAAGGACCGUUGCUCCUGUCGCCGAAAUCUUUGUUUUUGGCAUUUCACCAGGAAGUAAUUGUAAAACGUCCUGAGGAGUUCAAAAUUGCGUGCCUUAAAGACAUCCGUGCUUUAUUUCCUCCGGACAGAAAUCCCUUUUUUGCUGCAUACGGCAACCGAACCACUGAUUUAUUAUCCUAUCGUACGGUUGGCGUGCCGAUGACACGAAUUUUCACGAUCAACUACCAGGGCCAACUUAAACACGAAAUCCUCCGCCAAGCAAAGUCUUCCUAUUCGCAGCAGUCCAAUUUAGUGGACAUGCUAUUUCCGCCCCUGGUAUCCGUACCCGGGACCAACGUUCUUGUCUCGCAGCAUGAGCACGCCGAAGAAUACAGCUCAUUCGUGUACUGGAAGGCUCCGCUGCCGGAUCUGGAUUCCACGUUUGAAGUGCCACCCCCUCCGGAGCCGGAAGUCCGGAAAAAGAGAACGGAUUCAGGAGGAGCUGCUUCUAAAUCGACGUCUCCUACGAAAACGGCCAAAACUGCUCCGCUGACCAUUAUGUAAAUUGUAGAUCCACUGCUUUGUGUGCAUUUGCAUUCCCUGUGCAUUUUUCAUUUUGUUUCAUUUGUUUUUAAUACCAUCGCCUAAACUUUUGAAUUUUUCUUUGGUUGUGGGAUUCUGGAAACCCGCUUCUUCCAUUGUCUUUCCUUCUGCUGGGAUUGGGAUGACUGUGAGCAUGAAGGAGUCAUUUUGUUACGUAUCUGUAUUAGUUAACCAUGUACGGUAACUAAUGCAUUUUGUGGUUUUAUCGCGUUGACUGCAGAUGUAUUAUUUACUUGCCUGUGAUCACUGUUGUGAACUUCUCCAGUUCUACAAAAUUAAAGAGAACCUUCUGUGGAAAA